AACCAUGGGGAUAUGGAGAGGGAUGGUGAUGUUCUUGCUUUUUCUAGGCCAACAAGUAUGUGCUACGAAGGAGCAAGAGCAUGCUACUGACUGUCUCGCUUCUUUCUGUGGGAAAAUCGCAAACAUAAGUCGCCCAUUUCGAUUGAAAGGUGACCCAAUACAUUGCGGCGACAGAAGGUACGAACUGAACUGUGAAAAUAAUGUUACGGUGUUAAAUUUGUACGGGAAAAAAUAUCAUGUGCAGGCAAUCAACUACGAUAAUUUCACAAUCCGAGUGGUUGAUCCGGGAGUUGAAGAACCAAGUUGCUCCUCCCUUCCACGCUAUUUACUGUCUCAAUCCAAUUUCACUGAUACUUAUCUUGUUCGCUCCGUGGAUCCAUACCGAGCCACUCAAUUCCAAUUCUCUGAAGUUAUUGGUUUUUACGAGAAGAGUCUUUUCAAGCACAUAAUUUACUUGAAUUGCAGCCAUCCAGUGAGUGAGAAUCAUAGGUACGUGAAUACUACUCCGUGUGUGAAGUGGGAGUCGAAGGGAUAUAUGUAUGCCUUCGCUGGUAACUUAACAGCAGCGAGCCUUGAAGUUGGUUGUCGUAUAAAGCUGGUUUCUCCGACGUCUUGGUGGGGUUUGGACGAAAAUGAAUAUUCCUACACUGUGAUGAAUACGGCGCUGCGUUAUGGAUUUGAGAUGUCGUGGUUGCAUUCCGCCUGUGAUGCUCAUUGUGGAAACUCAUCUUAUGGCGAGUGCUAUAUGGACUCUUCCAUCCUCAAGCUUCAAUGCUCGCUCUCCUGCGAUAUAUUGUCAUUACUGCUAACUGACUGUGGGAAAGCGACAUGGUUACAGAGGAUAGCUAAUGGAGCAUAUUAUUUUGUGAUUUAUGUUGGGGCAGGACUGGUUCAAACUAUAAAAGGAAAUCUAAGAUUUCAAGUAUACAUCUGGAACUUUGAAUCAGUAUCACGGAUGAUUGGAGGCUAUGGUGUACCAUUAUUUUUGCUAGUCAGGAUUUUGUUUGGGCUGACAUUACUUAUUGUGCUUAUGAUAUACAAAUGGCGGAAAAGGCAUUUGUCAAUGUAUGAAAAUAUUGAAAAUUAUCUAGAACACAAUAACUUGAUGCCGAUUAGAUACUCAUAUAAGGAAAUCAAGAAGAUGGUUAAAGCUUUCAAAGAAAAAUUGGGUGAAGGAGGUUAUGGGUCAGUGUUCAAGGGAAAGCUAUCUAGUGGAACUUGCGUGGCAAUAAAAAUGAUGAAUAAAUCAAAAGGUAAUGGACAUGAUUUUAUUAGUGAAGUUGCAACAAUUGGAAGAAUUCAUCAUCAAAAUGUGGUACAAUUAAUUGGAUUUUGUGUCGAAGGUUCAAGACGUGCUCUUGUUUAUGAAUUCAUGUCAAAUGGAUCUCUUGAUAGAAUUAUUUUUUCAAAAGAUAGAAGUAUAGAUUUUGACUAUAACAAAAUAUAUCAUAUAUCAAUCGGGAUAGCUCGUGGGAUUGCUUAUCUCCACCAUGGAUGUGAGAUGCAAAUUCUGCAUUUUGAUAUAAAGCCUCACAAUAUUCUGCUUGAUGAUAAUUUCAUUCCAAAGGUCUCUGAUUUUGGAUUGGCUAGACUGUUUCCGGUAGAUAAUAGCAUUGACACCAUGACAGCAGUGGGAGGAACAAUUGGAUAUAUGGCUCCAGAAUUGUUUUAUAAAAACAUUGGAAGAAUAUCCCAUAAGUCUGAUGUUUAUAGUUUUGGGAUGCUUUUGAUGGAAAUGGCAAGCAGAAGGAAGAACUUAAAUUCCCAUGCAGAGCAUUCAAGUCAAAUUUUCUUUCCUUCUUGGGUUUACGAAAACAUAAGAGAAGAGAAGGAUAUAGAAAUGGAAGAUAUCACAGAGGAGGAAAAGAAAAUAGCAAAGAAGAUGAUAAUAGUUGCACUUUGGUGUAUACAAUUGAAUCCAAAUGAUCGUCCCUCCAUGAACAAAGUGGUAGAAAUGCUUGAAGAAGAGAUGGAAAACUUGGAAAUCCCUCCAAAUUUUUCUUUAUAUCCAUAUGAAGCUAGUGAAUACUCCAAACAAACAAUUGGUAGUGAAUUUAUUAGUUCUUCUAGUUGUUCUACGAAAAUUUCAAUAAAUCCUACAAUAAAGAAUAGUAGUUGAUUAUGUACAAUGGUUAUUUAUUUUCAUCCACCUUGUUAUAUUGAACA